AUGAGUCAACAAGCACAUCCUGCCAAAUCCAUUGAAGGUUACAUUAUAAUUGUAACUGGUUUGCAUCCUGAGACUUCUGAAGAACAACUUGAAGACUUGUUUGCAGACUUCGGUCCUGUUAGAAACCUGCAUCUGAAUUUGGAUCGACGAACGGGUUAUGUCAAGGGAUAUGCAUUGAUUGAGUUUGCUGAACUAGGGCAAGCAGAAGAGGUCGUCCGUCAAAAAUCUUUAAUGCUAUUAGACAGGAAACUAGAAGUUGACUUUGCAUUUCUAGAACCUCCUGCACGUCCUCGCAGAUCCUCUUUAAAUUCUCGUAGUCGUAGUCCUUCGCCUCGACCCAGUCGCCAUGAUCAUGAUAUUGCCAUGGAAGAAUCGUAA